AUGUCUCCUCAAAUUUUCUCGGAAAAUUGGAGAAGGCCGAUAACAAUUCUCAUCUCUGGCUUGAGUUUCGUUGUCUUCCUCAUCCUUGACUUUCUUGACAACUUUCUCUGCAUCCUGUAUAGAUAUAUUGAUGAGCUCUUUGAAGGGCAGGCCUCCUCUUGUUACUGUGCAAGCAAGGAAGAGCAGGUGAGGAAUGUGGGUGGUCAUGGAGAAGGUGAGCUUUCAGAGAGUCUAUAUCAGAGGAAAAAUGCUUUCAGGGAAAUGGGUUUUCUUGGAUUUGCCAAAAAGUCCAGGAAAAUUGGUGGUGGAGCAGUUGCCAAUAGGUGGUCUGAUUGUGGAUGUGAGUCUUGUCUUUCAUGGAUGAAUGAUUGUGAUCAGAAGCUUCACUUUGUUGUUAGGGAGCCCUCGCAAGCCAUCACUGAUCAGGAUUGCAGAGGAAAGCCAGUCGAGAAUGUGAUAUUCUUGCAUGGGUUUCUUUGUUCUUCCUCAUUUUGGACAGAAACAGUGUUUCCAAAUCUUUCUGGACGUGUGAACCGUAAUUAUAGAUUGUUUGCUAUCGACCUCUUGGGAUUUGGAAGAAGCCCAAAGCCAAGGGACUGUAUGUAUACUUUGAAGGAUCAUUUGGAAAUGAUUGAGAAGUCUGUGAUCUGUCCAUUUCAAUUGGAUUCUUUCCACUUGGUUGCACACUCCAUGGGUUGUUUAAUAGCAAUUGCAUUAGCUGCUAAGCACUCGAAAUUAAUAAAAUCAAUCACUCUUGUAGCACCUCCUUACAUCCCUUCUAAAGAUGGAGAUAGCUUAAGAGUACUUGAAAAACUUGCCGGAAGGAAACUAUGGCCACCGUUCCUGUUUGGAACAUCAUUUAUGUCGUGGUACGAACACCUAGGUCGAUGUUUCUGCUUUCUUGUAUGCCGGAAUCACAGGAUGUGGGAGAGGAUUGUGAAGCUACUCACUCGGAGAAGGGAUCUUCAUUUUAUGAUUAUGGACUUGACUAGACACACCCAUCACUCAGCUUGGCACACCAUGCACAAUGUGAUAUGUGGAGGAGCAAAGUUAAUGGAUGGUUACUUGCAAGUUUUGAGCAAAGCUGGGGUUAAAGUUGUUGUUAUCCAUGGUGAUAAAGACAAUGUUGUCCCUCUGGAGUGCAGCAACAACAUUCAGAUGAUAGUUCCUAAUGCAGAGGUUACCAUCAUCAAAAAUGCAGAUCACAGUUCUGUGCUGCUUGGUAGAGAGAGAGAUUUUACUCGGCGUCUAGAGCGUAUUUGGGAAUCGAUCGCUUGCUGA